GAGCACUUAGCGCAGUGCGCCGCCCGGAGCGAAGCCGCGCUGCAUGGACGAGGCGGGCUGCGCUGUUCCGGGCAUUUCCCCGAGCGGGCCGGAGCGGGAAGCCCGGGGGUCGCCCCGCGGGAACUGGAUGGCGACUCACCCGAAGCUCACAGAGAUGAUGUCAUUGGAUGUGGCUGACAGCACUCAAGUAUAUGCUGCGUUCUUAGUUUACUUGGACCUCUUAGAAGGCAGAAACUGGCAUGAAGUGACAUGUGUUGGACUAGCAGAACUCCAGCUCAUAUGUCUCCGUGGGCAUGAGAGAGAAGCUGAGAAUUUACAGAUUGUGGUGCCAACACCUGUUCACAUGUCAUUCACUCAUCAGAGGCUCAGAGAGAUCAUGAAGAAAGCAUGUAUUCCACAAGAUGAAACAGAUUCCCCACUGUCUGUUAUCCUGGCUAUAGUUGAGUCAGAUUCCACAGUAGUCUAUUAUAAGCUGACAGAUCGGUUUCAUAAUGCCAGACCCUCCUGAUGAUACUGAAGACAUGGACAAUAACAGUGGAGAAAGAAAAGAAGGAAACUUUUGAGAUGACUUUAAGACAAAGAUGAACUGUUUCUGGCCCCUUAUUUUCAAAUCUAAACAAAGUCAGUAAUUUGUGUAUGUAAAUUAGAAAGUACAAUGGCUAACUGCUGCAUGAAAAAUCUUCACUUGCUCUGCAGAACUCGGGACUAUUCUGCAGCAUGCCUCAAAGUAAAAUGGUUUGUAACAUGUUUCAAGGCCUGACUUUUGUAACAAGGCAAGUUACUCCUUCCUCCUGUCUUUGUUGGGGGGAGCAGAAGUGUUCAAAACUGUCCCCUUCUUCACACACACUCCUACUCUUGUGGGAAUGUAACAGACUUAACAGUCAGACCUAUGGCAUAAUUUUAAAGGUAAAAUUGAAAUAAAUAAGCUGUUCUUUAGUGUAGUGUGGUUGGAGUAAAGGUCUUCAAACAUACACUUCUGCGUAAGUUAAAAAGGCAGUAGUUUGUCCUACUCAUGGCACCAAGAUCAUUUAAAAUAUAAAUUUCACCUACUCCUUCACUUUUGGGUCUCUUACUGCUAUAUGUAGAGCAAAAUAGAGUAGGUUUUGUCCAGGAAUAUUUUCUUUUCGUUUAAACGUUUUACAACUGGAAAAAUGACAUGACUAUGAUAAUUCCCAAGGCUACUAGAAAGAGGCAUGGUCCAGUGAUUAAAGCCCAAGACAGUGGUUCUCAACCUGCGGCCCGUGGGCUGCUUGUGACCCAGUCAGCACACAGCUGCAGCCCAUGUGACAUCUUCAGGGCAUACAGAUAGUACUGGAUGCGGCCCACAGUGAUAACUAGGUUGAGAACCACUGGCCCAAGAUAAGGUUCAGCCACUCGUGCAAUGUAACCCUAGUGGCCAGUCACUAAGGUCCAAUCUACGUAAGCAAAUGUACAUGUCAGUAGAUACUUGGAGGACUAGCUUAUUAUACCACAAAGUUAAACACUGUUUGUUACCCAUGUGAAUGAAAACGGGAGGGGAAGCAGGAUGAAGAUCCAGGGUUCAGUAACGUGGUGUUAACUGUGUCCAGCCCUAUCUAUACAGUCCAAGAACAAACCAUUUGAUGAAAAAUUCAGAGACCUCUUGUGUUAUAACAUGAUCUCUCAACAUAGUAAAUUUUUGUGUGUGAAGGGCUCCUUAUUCUCUUGCCUCAGUUACCCCAUUUUAAAUAUGGGUUCUAUUACCUAUUUUUAAUUGGCUAAUCUUUAGAGUCUUUUGAAACUGAAGACAAUGCCUAGGAGCUACUAAUUACACAUUUUUUUCUAUACCACAUAGACUGCUGCAGCUGAUGUACCAAUUUGUGCACCAGUCAGCCACUCUCAACACAGUCUGACCAUUACCUCCUGGGGGUAGGGACCAUGUCCUUCUAUGUGUUUAAACAGCACCUAGUACAAUAGGGCCCCUAAUGUGAGUGUAACCCACAUUAUUUCUCUCUCCAAUGUAGCCUCUAUGAGUUAAACUAGUUGCCUGAAUGAUAUUUCAUCUGGUUAUAGGGGAAGGGGAACAAAGUUUAAAUUGUUGGUGGUACUGCCAUGGGAAUUUUCCAUGCUUUCAUUCAAUAGUUUUCUUUAAGUUUAACUUUAACUUGGAAUUUUUGGCUUUCUAAUGUAAGUUCCAUAUCUCAGAAAUGGCUUUUAAAGUACAUGUAAAAAUUCACCUAGGGUCAAGGAUCACAUAUGGAAAAUUUCAAGCAAAAGGCCUAUUUUUGUUCGGUUCAGGAACAGAGGAGGAUCCAAUUUCAGGCUCAGAAUGAAAUGAUAGUUAAAAUCUUUAGUCGCUCCUCGAUAGGACAGACUAGAAAUCCUUGGUGAUUUCAGAGUUAAAGAUUUUUAGUUUCAUGUAGUCAAACAGGCUGGGACAGCAGCGUCUAGUGAGAAAAGCAGGUGGCAAUAUGUACAGUAUGAUACUAGCCCUGCCUUCACCAAGGUCUUGCUGUGCGACCCUGGGCACUGCAGUUAGGUCCCAAUUUAGCAAAGCACUUAAACAGGUGCUGAAGCCCUACUGAAGUCAAUGGGACUUAGGUGCACUUCAGCACAUGCUCUGCUGUGUAGAGAUAGACUUAAGUACAUGCUUAAGUCCUUAAUUGAAUAAGAGCCUUAAACUCUGCAACUCCAACUUCUAAAAUGGAGCUACUACUACUUGUCUGUCUAUCCAAGAUACCUGUAUAUUGUACAGUAUCAGAGCACCUCACAAUCUUUAAUGUAAACCUUGGCUAUAAAGUGGUACUAAGUGCAAAUAUAAAUUUAAUCCUGUCCCUGGUUGUAAUAUCCAUCACUUAUGUGCAUUCUUACUACACAGCGUUUUAGGGCCAGAUCCUCAUAAGGUGGAAAUCAAUGUAAUUCCAUUGGCGUUACUGGAGUUACAGCAAUUUAGAGCAGCUUCCUGUAGCACAUGAAUACCUACUUCUCAUACUUAAAGGUUUGCUCCUUUGCUAUUAACCAUUGCCUGUUUCAAACUGAAUUAGGAGGAUGGGAUAAAACAGAUGGGUAAGUGUCCUGAUCUGUUUGGGUAACUGAACAGAGCGCAUAGCCAGGCAAUGUGUCUGGGGAUUAUAUUAUGUGCCUUUACGUACGUUUUCACACACACAAACAAAAUGGUUGCUUUUUAUACAGUCUCUUCUGACCUCUCCUUACAGAAAAGCUCCUGUGUUUAGUCAUGUGGAAAUUGAGAGAGAAGAAUUUCUAUCAUUCUAAAGCUUGCUCCGCUCAUGAGGAAAAAGCAAUCUGUCUCUUUUUGGACUGAAGCCAUAAUGCCUUAAAAGGUAGCUCUGUAUUGAUUCCUGAUAUGCUGAAUCUGGCCAUGACACCCAUAUUUUAUGAACUCUGCUGUUUAGUCCAUAAAGUACAUCUCACACUUCAUUUGGCUACAUACCACCAGCUAAACUGCCCUCAUAUAAGCAGUAAAAUACUUAAACCCCAGUGUAGGUAUGUACUGAAAAAAAGUUUUAGUUUUAUGUAAAGAAGCUUGUAAAAUACUCUAUACAAUGCAGAAUUUAUACUUGUGCUGUAUGCUACUAAUGCCAUAGCAAUUUCUCUUGCCUUUGCCCUGCUCUCAGGGAAGCAUUUGUAUUUUGUUGUUUGCUGCAGAACUGAUACAUUAGCAUGACUUUUUUUCUUUAGCUAAAAAUUAUUAAACGAAGCAUAAUUCUUUCUGUAUAUAGAAAAGUACCCAGCUCCAGAAAUUGACUUAGAGCAACAAACUGUAUUUCUUUGACCUCAGUAGUUACUACCCCCCACCACCAAAAAAAUCAAAACCAAAAGAUGUUUCAUGUCUGUUAAAGCAUGACUGUAGAGGUCUUUAUCCAGACUCUCUAUAUAGAGCUUGCUUUUGCAUUUCCGAGUUAAUGGGUUUUUUUCUUAAACAUCGCUGUACUUUCCAUUCUCCAUAUAACAGUUAAAGCAGGGGUGGGGAAUCUCCGGCCUGUGGUCUGGAUCCAGCCCACUGCUUCAUUUCAUCCAGCCUGCAGCAAGUCUCCGCGCCUCAGGCCAGAAGCCCUGGCAUGCGCUGCCCCUCCCCCCCCCCGCAGGGCUGGAGCCGCAAGUGCUGGGUUGCCAGAAGUCAGGUCAGCUCCUGGCAUGGCCCUGCAGCCCCCAGCACCAGCUCCACAGCUCCCAUUGGCCCAGAAUGGUGGCCAAUGGGAGCUGCAUGCACAGGCAGCACAUGCCGCACACAGCCCCUUGGCCUCUGCCUAGGGGUUGGACAUGGCGGCCGCUUUUGGGAGCAGUGCAGAGCCGCAUCAGGCAGGGAGCCUGCCUUAGCCCCACUGCACCCCCCAAACGGUAGCCACCUGAGGUAAGUACCACCCAGCCGGAGCCUGCACCCUGAACCCCCCCUGCCCAAAGUCAGAACCCCCUCCUGCACCCUAACUCCCAUACCCCAACCCCCUGCCCCAGCCCCCUCCCGCACCCAAACCGUCUCCUGGAACUCAUAUCCUGAACCUCCUGCACCCCAACCCCCAGCCCUGAACCCACUCCCACACUCCAAACCCCUUGACCCCAGCCUGGAGCCUUCUCCUGCACCCCAAACUCCUGUCCCCAGCCCCACACCAGAGCCUGCAUCCCCAGCCAGAGCCCUCAUCUGCACCCCAACCCUCUGCUCCAGACUGUAGUCCUCUCUUGCGCCCUGAACCCCUCCUUUCUGUCCCCACCCUUGAGCCUAGGGGAAACCCGGAGCCUCUGAACCCCCAUCCUGCGGGGCUUUAUGUGGCCUGCGACCGAUUUUUUUUCUGUGGGUCAGUGGCCCCUGAUAGAAAAAAAAAGUUCCCCAACCCUGGCUUAAAGGUAAGCAAAGGGUCAUUUAGAAAAAAAUAAGUUUAGAUCCUUAUUUGGUUUAGCGCCACUGAAAGUCUAUCUGCAUUGAUGUCAUAUGCAGCCCCAUUGCAGACCUGGACCCCAUUGGUACUGUACCAAUACAGAAUGACAAGACUGCCCCUCAAACAGCAUUGACUGACAGUUGCUGAGGAUCAGGCCAUUAGUAUUUUAAAGUCCCAAAACAUUGUUUAUACAUGCUGCAUUAAAAUGUUUCAUUACUUGCUUUACUGUAAGUGAGAGAAUAUCUAUAGCUGCACAAGAAACUCUGAACCUUGAGCGCUAGUUUGGGUCAGCAGCUUUUCAAGUUCACCUUUAAUAGGCAUCAAGAUAAGUUUCACAGUCUACACCUUGCUCUCUUAAAAACUACUUUUAUAGACUAAGUACAGUUUAACCAGCUACUUUUAAUGUAUAGAGAUGUUCUGGAGCAAAAGUACACUUUUUCACUAAAUUAUUGUAUCAAUUCAUGCCUCUCUUCAGGGGGAUGUGUGUAUUCAGGCCUACUCAGAACUGUGAGAUGUUAUAAUUUUUCUUCAGGUUUGUCAUUGUAAUCAGAUGUCCAUUAAUGUAAGUAUCGAUUCUGGUUUAGGGAGUGUCUGGUUCUUUCAGGAGUUGUUGGCUUCACCUCCCAAAUUGUGUACUUUACAUGACUAUGGAAUGCAGCUGUCUUGUGUACAGCAACUUAUGUGAAAAUGCUAUUUGUUUUCUACAAUGGCUGUCUAGCAAGUAAAAAAAUCAUGAUUAAUUGUGCGAUUAAAAUUAAUUGUGAUUAAUUGCACUGUUAAACAAUAAUAGAAUACCAUUUAAAUAUUUCUGGAUAUUUUCUACAUUUUCAAAUAUACUGAUUUCAAUUAUAACAGAAUACAAAGUGUACAGUGCUCACUUUGUAUUUAUUAUUGAUUACAAAUACUUGCACUGUAAAAAAAAAAAAAAAAAUUUUUCAAUUCACCUAAGUACUGUACUGCAAUCUCUGUAUCAUGAAAGUUGAAUUUACAAUUGUAGAAUUAUGUACAAAAAAAACUGCAUUCAAAAAUAAAACAUCUGUAAAUCUUUAGAGACUACAAGUCCAUUCAGUCCUAUUUCUUGUUCAGCCAAUCACACAGACAAACACGUUUGUGUACAUUUUCAGGAGAUAAUGCUGCCUGCUUCUUGUUCACAUUGUCACCUGAAAGUGAGAACAGGUGUUCCCAUGGCACUGUUGCAGCCGGGUGUCGCAAGAUAUUUACAAGCCAGAUGCGCUAAAGAUUCAUAUGUCUCUUCAUGCUUCAUCCACCAUUCCAGAGGACGUGCGUCCAUGCUGACAGAUUCUGCUCAAUAACGAUCCAAAGUAGUGUUCAUUUUCAUCAUCUGAGUCAGAUGCCACAAGCUGAAAAUUGAUUUUCUUUUUUUGGUGGUUUGGAUUCUGUAGUUUCCGCAUCAGAGUGUUGCUCUUUUAAGACUUCUGAAAGCAUGCUCCACACCUCAUCCCUCUUAGAUUUUGGAAUGCACUUAAGAUUCUUAAACCUUGGGUCGAGUGUUGUAGCUAUCUUUAGAAAGCUCACAUUGGUACUUUCUUUGCAUUUUGUCAAAUAUGCAGUGAAAGUGUUCUUAAAAUGAACAUCUGAGUCAUCUGAGACUACUAUAACAUGAGAUAUAUGGCAGAAUAUGGGUAAAAUAGAGCCAGAGACAUACAAUUCUCCCCCAAGGAAUUCAGUCACAAAUUUAAUUAACACAUUUUUUAACGAGCAUCAUGAGCAGGAAGCAUGUCCUCUGGAAUGGUGGCCGAAGCUUGAAGGGGCACACGAAUGUUUAGCAUAUCUGGUAUGUAAAUACCUUGCAGUGCCAACUACAAAAGUCCCUUGCAAAUGCCUGUUCUCACUUUCUGGUGACAUUGUAAAUAAGUGAGCAGUAUUAUCUCCUAUAAAUGUAAAUAAAAAAACAAAAAAAAAAAAAAAAAAAAAAAAAAAAAAACCUGUUUGUCUUAGCGAUUGGUUGAACGAGAAAGUAGGACUGAGUGGACUUGUAGGCUCUAAAGUUUUGCAUUGUUUGUUUUUGAGUGCACUUAUGUAACAAAAAUCUACAUUUGUAAUUUUCACUUUCACGAUAUAAGUACUGUAGUGCAAUCUCUUUAUGAGGUGAAUUGAAGAAUAUUAUUUUGAUUACAAAUAUUUGCACUGUAAAAAUGAUAAUCAAAAAUAAAAUAAAGUGAGCAGUGUAUACUUUGUAUUCUGUAUUGUAACUGAAAUCAAUUAUUUGAUAAUACAGAAAAACAUCCAAAAUAUUUAAUAAAUUUCAAUUGGUAUUCUAUUCUUUAACAAUGCGAUUAAAACUGCAAUUAAUCACGGUUAAUUUAUUUAAUCACAGUCAAUUUUUUGGGGUUAAUUGUGUGAGUUAACUGCAAUUAAUAGACAGCCCUAUUUUUCUACCUUUUUAUUUAAAUGCACAGCGGGGCUGCACUUGCUACAUGUGGUUGAGAAAUAUGCCCUGGAGCAGACAGCAAGCUGCCUAACAACUACACAAUCUCUUCUAAAUGCUGAGCAAGCAAAAAUGUUUGCAUGUGGAUUUGUAAUUUGUGCUGCUCCACGUGAAGUCACCAAAGUGUAAUGCCUUGGUCUAUGUGUGUAUAUAUCAUGUGCAUAAUGUCAAGACUCAAAGUUAUAAGGAUAUAAUGA